UGAAAUGUGAAACACAAUUCCAUAUGCUUGCUUUGUCAUGAGCAUCCAUUCUUUCUUUGUACUUGUCUUUUCCUGACUAUUAUUAAAAGUUGAAAGCAACCAACAGCCUGUCCUUAUUAUCACAAUUAUCUUCUUUCUUUCCUUUCUCAAGCUUCACAAACCCCUAUUUCUAGUAAAAAAUUAACUAGUUUAAAACAUAACACACCCUUUCUAUCUUUCAUUCAUCUUCUUCUCUCUCUCUUUUCUCCCCCAACUUUCAGUUUCCUCUUCAUUACAUAUACAUUUUUUACUCUCUUCUUAAAUCCACAAAUUUCAUCUCCCUAAUAAGAAGCAUCUUGUGUUGUUGUGUUAUGGAGUGGAACAAUUUGAAAGCACCUUCAUGGGAUUUAACUGAAAUGGAACAAGGAACCUUAAACAACAUAGAAACAACAAUGGAUGGUUCAAGGAGUUAUGGAUUUGGAGAUUAUAGAACAACAAAAGGGGAAUUUUCUGUUGACUUGAAACUUGGUCAAGUUGGAAAUUCUAGUACUGAAUCAUCAAAAUCCAAAGAUGUUGUUACUGGUGGUGGUGUUGGUGGAGGUGGAGGAGUUUCGAAAAUGGCAUCUUCGUCGUCUUCGACUUCGGGCUCGUCUAAGAGAGCUAGAGCUAUUAACAAUGGAACUCAUAUAGUUUCAUGUCUAGUUGAUGGUUGUCAAGCUGAUCUUAGUAUUUGUAGAGACUAUCAUAGACGCCAUAAGGUUUGUGAACUUCAUUCUAAGACUGCUCAGGUCACUAUUGGUGGACAUAAACAAAGGUUCUGCCAACAAUGUAGCAGGUUCCAUUCACUUGAAGAAUUUGAUGAAGGAAAAAGGAGUUGCAGAAAACGUCUAGAUGGUCACAACAGAAGAAGAAGAAAGCCACAAGCAGAAGCUAUAAGUCGAUCUAGUAGCUUUUUGUCCAAUUACCAAGGAACCCAGCUGUUACCCUUCUCAAGUUCACAUAUAUACCCUUCAACUGCUAUGAUGAACCCUACUUGGGGUGGAACAGAUGUUAGACUCCAUACCCAACACCAACAACAAAUGCACCCCCAUCUUGUCCCAAAACAAGACCUUUUCCUAGGAACAUCCUCUCUAUCAACCAACAACACAUACAAACAAGGGAAGCAACUAUCAUCAUCAUCAUCAUCAUCAUUCAUUCAUCAAGCUACUAACCACCAAAGCCAUCAGCAACAUCUUUCAUCUUCUUCCAUGAAUCCAUCUUUUACCAGGACAAACCCUUUUUCAGAAAGAUACAAAAUGAUUUGCGACAGCAACAGCAGCAACAACAAUAACAGCAACGCUUCUUGUGCUCUCUCUCUUCUGUCAUCACCGCCGCUACCCGUAGUAUCAUCACAGACACAUGAUCAUCAUCAUCAUCAUCAGAUGGUGAAUAAUACUAUUCAUUCAUCUUUUAUGCAACCCUUAGGUUUGAGUUUGCAUGAUCAUAGCUUGGGGUCUGUGGACCAUGUUUUGGGUCCAAAUGAUCAGACUGGUCAUUGUUCAUCCAUUUAUAAUAUGGGAUCUAAUGAGUCUCAUUCUCAGGGAGAUAAUAAUGAUGCUCCUCCUCCAUUAUAUCCUUUUCAAUGGGAUUAGAAUUAUUAUUAGAGGAUUUUAUUUAUUUUGUUGUUAUAAGGAUGCUGUUACCUUAAUUUGUGUACUAGUUCUGAAUUCUUAAUUUGUAUGUGUCUUUAAUGCAUGAAUGUAAUGGACUACUAUGUAUUAUCGUUUAAGAAUAACAUGUUUCGUGUGUUUGAGGAACUAAAUUCUGAAUGUGAAGUAAAAAUGGAUUGGACAUUCAACUGAUUUAUUUUGAAUGUUAAAGAAGUUUGAAGACCUCAUCCACUCCCUCCCUAUGAAUAAAAAAGUGACACAAAACAAAGUAGGGUUAAGACCUUG